UAGAAAUGGCUAAUAAAUAACCACCACUAAAAACUCAGAGAUAACAAGCACAGAAUGCCAUAUGAUGUUGAUCCUAAUCUAAAUUAGCAUUUUUUCCUCCCCAUAUUUUAAUCCCAACAAUGUCCUAUUUAGGCCUGACACAAGUGUAUAAUAUUUGCAGGUGAUAACAUACAUUGGUUGAACAUUGGACCACACACGAUACCUCCAUCUGAUUUCCAAAUUCUUAAGUUUGGCAUUGAUUUUACCUUCAAAAUAUUGUACAGGUUCAUGCUGUCUACAAAGAUAAAGGAAGAACUUAAAUUUCUAAGGGGACAAGCAGAUCGUAUGCUCCGAGAUAUUAUGUUACAAGUGCAAUUGAAGACACUGUUUUCUUUUAUCUCAUAUGCAUCACUUCAAUCCACUCCAGAAGCCCUCAGUGGCCUUUGGUUGCAGUCUGAGAAAGAUGUAGCUGAAACUUCAUCCGGAGGACAAAUUCAUAGAAAUGCAAUUUCCUUCAACUCACAGCAAACAAACCUCAACCAAUCCUUUAACUCGAUUCAUGGUCACUCUUCACAAAUUGCUAGCCAUACGAGCAAUAAUCAUUGUCAAAAGAAAGGAAUAAUAUCACGUAUUGUUCGGGGAAUCAGGGGAGGCAGAAAAACAGUGGGUGAUGAAAAAUACACGCAUUUGAUCAUGCCAAAACGGAUGAAUGAUUUAGAUCGAGGCACAAUUAUGUUCUCGUUCAAUGAAAUUCAGAUUGCAUGUCAAGAUUUUCAUCCAAAUAAUAAGCUAGCAGAAUGGGGAUUUGGGUCUGUAUGUAAGGGAACUUUAGCAAAUGGUAGGCAGUUGGCCAUAAAGAGACUAUCUGAACAAGGAAAGAGCUUAUUUAUGAAUGAAUGGGGCAUUGUUUCUCGUCUACAACGUCGUAACAUAGUAAAGUUGUUUGGCUUUUGCAUUGAAGGAGAGGAGAUGUUGCUUAUUUAUGAAUAUAUACCUAAAGGAAACCUUCUAGACCUUUGCUUCAGUAAGUAAAGAAAACCCAUUGUUUCCUCUGAGGCUUUUAAAUUGGACACUUAAAUAUGGUAUGAAUGUCUAUACAUGAUUUUGAAUGCAAUUGUAGAUCCUUUAAAGGUCCAAGUCCUUGAUUGGGGAAGCCAUUUGAAUAUAAUACAAGGUGUAGCACGUGGGCUAGUAUAUCUU